GUUAAACAAUAGUUAGAAGUUGUCAUUUAUAGAAUUAUGAUUAAAACAAUUAAAAUUAUAUUCAUUAUUUCAACAUUACUAUAUUCGUCCCAUUGGGUUAAAUCUCUUGAUAUUCCUGUUGUCACUCAGAUCCAAGAUAUCAUAGGACUUGCUCAUGACAUUGGUGAUAUAUUAUCCGGAAACAUUCCGCUUCAAAAUUUAUUUAUUUCUGAAGAAAACCCGAUAGAUAAAGUAUUAAAUAAAAUAAAUGGUAUUACCACUCAAAUAGAGAAGUUGGAUAUUAAAUUAGACACUUUGUUAGAAACAAUCAUCAAUCGACUUCCAUUGGAAGACAACAUCAACAGUGAUGUACGGAACUUACAAGAACAUAUCAAUAGAAUUGAUACUGUAUACGAAGACUUCUUGGCAUAUUCUAAAAAUAUAUCGGCCUAUCGCAAUGAAACAAUCUUGGAGUUUAUUUCAAUUAUUACUUCAGCUAAAGCUGGAAACAUCCCGGAUAUAUUGAACAAAAUGUUCAAUAUAAUUGUGCCCAAAAAAUCAGCAUUGAAUCGUAUGAGUUUUCUAGAAAAUCUGUUGUCACGAAGAAUUAUCAGUAAUCCUUUGGAAUUGUGUGACUCUUCAAUUUCAUUUCAACACCGGUUUCUUCAGAUUUAUAAUCUGAUAUCAAUUGCUGAAACGAAAGUAUUUUUGAUGACUUCGUUUGCUCACAAGGUUCAAAAUGCAUUUCAAAAAACUAAAUCAAAAGGUGAAAUGGAACGAUCUAUGAGUGCAUACAUCAUAAGAUUAGAGCAAUAUUUAAUUGAGUUUAGAAAAAACAUGAUGAAAGCUUCACGAGAAAUUUAUCGCUGUGAUCCUAAAUCCCUUACAGAUAAAGAGAUGUAUCUAGAGCUUGAAGGACUCUUUCAAGCUUAUGUGAUGAAUGAAUAUGAAGUAAAUAUGAAUCCUUGUUCAACUACUUGUCCUCAAAUUUAUACAUGGGUCCAUCACCGCUGUUACAAACUCUAUGAUGAAAACUACUGUACUAUGCAUCCUUGCAAAGGAUUGAUUCAUGAUUGUGGUUGGAUUGGUGGAGAUGUAGACCUUUGCGAAUAUCCGGAAAAUUAUUUAAAACGCUAUGACUAUGUGAGGUCCUACACUAAUGGAUUCUAUGGAAAGUGGUCUACAUGCCCAGACUCGACUUACAGACAAUUGAGUGGCAGACGUUGGCAUUGGUAUUCAUGUGAUGUAUGUAUUUGUAAAUGUGAGGAAUCCUUCGGUUCAUCCAGAGCCAUAAGAACCUUUAGUUUGCGGCAACAAGUCUCCAACAUUAAUGAAAACAAAGUUAUAUCAGACGUCAAAUUUACUAUGAAAGACAAAAUGAUUCACAUCCAAAUUGAAGAAUCACCACUGCUGCCUAUUGGUCAGGUAGAUAAGAAUCAAUCAUCCUGGGUUCUUUUAGAAGAUUUUGUGUAUUUAUCCAACAUUACUGAUGGAGGUUACAUCCAAGUAAAAGAUGGCAAAUACAUCCCCAUGACACGGGACACAGACUUUGCAUUCAUCAGAAGAGAUCAGAGAGUAAUUAAUCUUGAUGAAAUAUCAGGUGGACCGAAUUUCGUCUUGACAGGAGUCAGGUUGCGUCAUGAAUCUGAAAAAUAUAGUGACGAUGAAGCAGCUGGAAACAUAAGUCCAAUCCAACUGGAAAUUCAAGUCACACCGUACGAUUACAUUAAUGGUAAAUUGAUGCCCACCGAAGAGAAUCCAUCAGUAUGGAUCACGGCACUAACUCAGCCUAAAUUACCACCAGCGUACGGUGAAGAAAGAAAACAAUUAAAAACCGGUGACAAAAGUUAUCGAUAUGACUCUGUACAAAACCGUCCUCAUGUGAAACCGAAUCAGUUUGUAUCAUUUAUACAGUCAUCUAUUUUCGAUGAUGUUGGCCAAAGCACGGUACCUUUCAUUGAUGCUAGACCUGUAGCACCUAUUAAUCCUAUCGCACUCGAUGGUCUUGGGAUUAUGUACCGUGGACAUGAAAAAUAUGGAGGAUUUGUAGCUAUGAAAGCCAUGUCCAUAGACUUGACCAGUUACAUGGAUUCAUCAAUGACCGAAGAACAGCAAAACUAUCACACAAGACAUUUCCGUAAACCUAUACCGAGUCCAAUUCGUAAGGCCCGAAAAAAAGGUAAUCAAGGAAUUUUGUCUAGCUUUCCAUCUUCCAGAAGAGCCAAAACUUCACAGCAUUAUUACAUCGAUGAUGAUUAUUAGGUACCGUUAGUUUAACAUUUUGUUCAAUAAUAUAAUAAAGAUAUUGAAUUAUAUGAAAAGAA